AUUACCGAAACUCCCGAUAAAGGAAUUGACACUGAAAGCGAUCCCAGCUUGCCCAGCUGACUACUCAUUUAUUUGGGUGUGUUCUCGCAGAAGCUACGCGAGUGGAUACCGGCGAUUUUCUCUGCAGUUUCCGUUGCGGUGAUCUGACAGCGGCUUUAUCGUAUUGGAGUUUUAAAGACAUCAGUAAAAAUGGCGAGGAUUCCUGUCGCUUUUGCGACAACUUUCUGUAUUUUAUUAGCAGUUGUAGAGAGAACAUUGUGUUUUAAUUUUGAAACAAGACUGCCUGUCAUUAAAGAAGGACCGGGGGAAAGUUAUUUUGGAUUUUCAGUCGCUGAACAUAUUCUCACAAACACUCAACCUGCGCAGCCAUUUGCAGAGAGCUUAUUAAUAGUUGGCGCUCCCGUCUACCAAACCAAUAUCAGCGCUACCAAACCAGGGGGCGUGUUCAAAUGUCCAUUCACUUCUAGUUAUUCUGAUUGUGAGAUAUUAGAGCUUGAUACAGAAGGUAAUACUAAUGUGGACAUAAAAGACAACCAAUGGCUAGGUGUAUCUGUAGUCAGUCAAGGUCCCGGUCGACCAGUGGCAGCAUGUGCCCACAGGCAUAUAUACCGACCCCCUAGUGUAGAUGAGUACCGAGGCCUUGGAAAGUGCUACUUCAUGAAAGCAAACCUGGAAAAGGACAUAUUUGUCAAGAAUGGAUACCAACCCUGCAUCAGUCAGACACGCCCCAACAACUACGACGGCAUCCUCUACAAGUACUGCCAGGCUGGCACCGAUCUUGAUGUCACAAGGCAUUUUAGCACUGACGCUAACAGUGCUUCGGAGUAUAUCAUGGGUGUUCCUGGAUCAGACAAUUGGCUUGGUGGUAUUGCUCUUGCUAAUGUGCCAGAUUCCAUCCGGUCAAUUAAUCUCAUCACACCGCUUGAUUAUGCAAACAACAGGGUUGGAUUCAACAGUUACCUAGGGUUCUCGGUCGCAUCUGCAAAGCUCAUGAGUGGCAACGCUCAGACGUACAUCGCUGGAGCACCUAGGUCAGAAUCCAUGGGCGCCGUGCUCACGCUGAAGUCUGAAUCGGGCCAAAGCCCCAGCCCCAUAUACCGUAUCGAUGCAGAGAAGCCGUCUUCAUCGUUUGGUUAUGACGUAGCUGCGGCCGAUCUGAAUGGGGAUGGCUUUGAUGACCUCAUCAUAGGAGCACCUCAGUACUUUUACCGCGACCCAAGCAAUAUAUAUGGCGGAAAGGGAGGAUGUGUUUACAUUUACCUCAACAAGGCUCACGAUGGUACAUUUGAUAAUGUCGAACCAAUCAAACUGUAUGGACCAAUUGAUUCUCUUUUUGGACAAGUCCUUGCAAAUAUUGGAGAUAUAAACCUUGAUGGCUUUGAAGACAUUGCCAUCGGUGCACCCUAUGAGAACAACGGUCAAGGCGCGGUUUACAUCUACCUUGGUCACAGCCAGGAUGGCAUCAGACAACCGGCCGCUCAGAAGAUUACCCCCUCUGAUCUACCAAUGGGGGUCAACGGUUACCCCUACCCCAACGCAUCCUUUGGGUACUCCAUCUCGGGCGGUGUCGAUCUGGAUGGGAACGGGUUCCCAGAGAUCACCAUUGGUGCCUAUGAGGUCCAGCAGAUUGCCGUUCUUAGAGGGCGUCCUGUGAUCAACAUUGAAGCUUCACUCACCCUGAGCUUGACUGAGAUAGACCCAAAUAGCACUAACUGUGUAUACUCCAAUAGGGAUUCCAUAUGCUUUCAAGUACAGCUGUGCAUGUCCUACUAUUGCCUUGCACCAGAAUUCAAUGAUCCCAUUACCAUAAACUUCGACAUUGAGGCGGAAGGACUCAGACGCAGUAAGGUUCUCAAUUCUCGGGUGGUAUUCGAGGACAGCGGAAUUCAUUCUCUGACCAAGCAGACACUCGAUAUUACAAACGACGAUGAGGCGUGCACUCCAAACUACAAUGUCGUUCUGAAGCCCGGCUACACCGACAUCUUCCGCCCAAUCCCAAUCAACCUGACAUACUACAUACCUGAAGAAGAAGCCAUCAUGCCGCAGCCCGGUGAGCCCCUCCCCAGCAUGACCCCCUUCCCUAUUCUUCAGGAAAACACCCAAACAGUACUGAUAGAGGAGGUUCAUUUCAGCAAAGAAUGCGCCAAGGAUGAUGGAAAGUGUAUCACUGAUCUCGAUGUCAGUGCUUCAAUAGAUGUUGAAGGUACUCCACCAGUGCUAAGAGUUGGCCAGCAGCUGGAGAUCUCCAUGAGCGUUAACAUCGCCAACCGGGAAGAGGAUGCCUACGAUGCCAGGCUUGUCAUCACAUAUCCAUCCUACCUUGGAUUUAUAUCCCUCUCAUCUGAUUCACCGGCAAUCACAGCAGCUUGCAAUGCUGAGACAUUUGAAGAAGGAGCUAAUGAAACCAGUAUCAUCUGUGAGCUUGGAAAUCCGUAUUCAGCUGGUACAAUGGAUUCGUUUGUUGUUCGUUAUGAUGCUUCUAAUGUACCCCCUGAUGCUGAGGAAUUCAACAUCACCCUUGUAGCAUCCUCAAUGGUUGAUAAUACUGCUGAGGAUUCUAAUCCUGAUAACAACAUUAAACGCUUCACCAUUGAAGUCGAGAGUAUCACCGACAUCCUAAUCAGCGGUAAAGGACCAGAGCAACUUUACAUCAGCGGACAGGUGAUCGGAGAAAGUGCAAUGACCUACUUUGAAGACAUCGGAUUGGCUGUCAAUCAGGAAUGGACGAUAUUCAACGAAGGCCCUGGAGCCGUUAACACUGCGAGAGUGACGAUAGACUUCCCCUAUGAGGUAGCCAAUGGGAAGUGGCUACUCUACCUGACUGAGAUGCCAUUUGUCAAGGAUAACAAGGGAUCCUGCAACGUCACACCCGCAGUCUAUGUCAAUGAACUGGGACUGAGGCCCAAGAAUGGAGGUGUUGCUUACACUCCAGUGGGGCCAGAUUCAGGAGCAGCAGCAGUACCACAGUCUAGGAAGAGGAGACAAGCUGAAGCUGAAGCCGUCAGUUCAGGUGGAGAAACAACGGCAAGGAAGGACAUUACACUGGACUGUAAGGAAGGCAAUGCCCAGUGCUUGACCAUCUACUGUGAUCUUGACCCUCUGACCAAAGAACCUGAUAUGAAUGAGGUGGUCAUCAUCGUCCGCUCAAGAAUCUGGAACAGUACUUUCCUAGAGGAUUACAGCAAUGCUCGGGUGAAGAUCAUUACCGAGGGUUACAUUGAGAUAGAGAGCGCCCCCUAUAUUACACAGAAGAGAGAGGACAAUGACAGAUUUAGGCUUUCGCUAACAGUUACGCCGGACAUCAAGACUCUGCCGCCCUCUCAGCCUCUCCAGUGGUGGAUCAUCGCCCUUGCCGUCAUCGGUGGCCUCAUCCUUCUCAUCCUCCUUAUCAUCCUUCUAUGGAAGUGCGGAUUUUUCGCGCGACCCGGAACGAACGGAGGUGGACCAUGUGGAUUCUUCGAGCGCAAGACUGGAUACAAGUACGCAACGGUUACGCAGCAACAAGCCUCGGGCAAGGCCAAGACCGAGAAGACUGCAUACUACGACGACAUGUAUUAUUAAUGCUCAAGAAACAGUAUGUUCAUCAUGGUGUCCUUUGCAAUAUGUUCAUUCUAUCAUAAAAUCAUAUCUUGCAAAGCCUUAUGUCAAUUAGGUGCUAAAAGAGAGAGAGAGAUAUCUAUGGAUGAAUGAAGACAUUGAAUUUCGUCCUCAUGUUGUACAGAUAAAUAAAAAAGUUGGCUCUCUUAUUUAACUCCAAGAUGAGAUUUAGCUGUCUGAUACCUUUCAAUUGUCUGAUUUCUCACUCUUUAUCUUCAAUACUAGAGAUGUUUGAAAACAGAAGAUGUAAAAACAGGCUUGUAGGAUAUACAAUCGCUUUAGAUAUUACUAGAUAUGAAAUGUAACUACAGCAAAAUGAAUAAUGGAAGGUAAAGAAUGCUAUUGGACGAAUCCAUAAAAUAAUCAGCCUUUUUGUAUGUCCGACUACCAUUUUACUUCACUCUUACCCCACUUUACAAGCCAGGAUGAUAGAGCAUUACAGCUUUUCAUGUAAAAAAACAAGAGACAAUUGUUUUCGGGAAGGUUCAAAAUUAAGAGGUUUGGACAUACAUAUUUUAUGGAGUUGCCCUGUUGAAUAAUUGGGCUUGCCAGAAUGUCUGGGCUUGCCACACAUCACCUUGUUGUAAAAAGUCUAAUGAUUCUGUGAUUUCAUGAGUUAGGGCUAGCCAGUCUACAAAUAUUAGAAUAAUGAGUUCUUUAACAGUAGUAUCAGGGGAGUGUUUCAUCAACAUUUUCAUCCGACAAGUUGUCAGAUCUGACAUCUUUCUCUGAUGUUGAUUGGCUGAGAGGUACUGUUACUUUGGGACUUGUCGGAUAAAACGUCCGACAAGUCCUUUCAUGAAACGCUCCCCAGGGGAGUGUUUCAUCAACAUUUUCAUCCGACAAGUUGUCAGUUCUGACAUCUUUCUUUGAUUUUGAUUGGCUGAGAGGCACUGUUCCUAUGGUAACUGUCGGAUAAAAUGGGACUUGUCGGAUAAAACGUCCGACAAGUCCUUUCAUGAAACGCCCCCCAGGUCUUUGAUAUCAGUGGAAUGAAUGUCCAUGUAGAAUUAAAAGAUAAAACAAAUUUUACAAUUAAACUCAUACAGAUUGUGCAGAUAUUGGUCACAAACUAGCUUUAUUUAUAUUUUAACAAAGACAUUUUAAUUUGUAAUAGAAAAAGAAGAUAUUCAAAAUAAGAAUCUGCACAUGCACAAAGAGGCCGAGUACUAGAGUUAUCAUCCAGUACCUAUAUUUGUGUUUGUGUUUUCAAAUUACUGAUACUACUUUAAAAAUGUGAAUUUUAGUAUGAAUGAGAGUACAUUAUCAUAUUUCAAUCAGGUAGUUGUGGGCUGUCUUUUUCUUUGAAGACUUUGGUAUCUGUAUUUAUUUUGGCAUUUAUGUUGAUUUCUUUUCUUCUUGAUCUCAGAUAAAAACAAGGUAAUUAUUUAGAGAACAGUUGAUUCUCUGAAAAAAAAAUAUUUAAAAAAUGAAAUAAUUUUAUGGAAAUUGUAAAUAAUCUAUAGAUUGUUUUUCAAGCAUGGAUAUUGCUGUUUUUUAAUUACCUUUUAGUUUUGAUUGCUCUGACAACUCUGUAGACCUUUCAGAAAAUUGAUGUAAAUAUUUAACAAAAAAUGCUUCUGCAUCUAAAUUUAGAGCUUCAGUAUUUAUGAAAUAUUAAAUUAAAAAAACGCACAUUAAACUUUGUGGAUUUUCUUAGCCAUUUUACGCUCCCCCCUCGACAACUUCAGUACUGUCAUUAAACUAAAUCACUAUUGUAGCCUGCAUAGCUCCACACCAAAGUAUUGAGGCAGGGCCUACACGCACAAACGUUGAAGGUGGAUCCCGCUUGUCAGUUUGAAUUGUUGGAGGUCUGAAUAUGACAUCUCUUCUAAUAAAGGAAAAUGAAACCAAAUGAUGCUUUAUUUGCAGGUUCAAAACAGAAAUCUUUUUCUGCUUGUCUGUGAUUGUAAAUGUUAAGUCUCAACAAACAUAAAGUUGGUGCUAUUACUUAUGGAAAAACACAUUGCUUUUGCAUUUGUUAUUAUUUGCUGUAGAUGUGCUUCUAUUUGUAAGUGUAUGACAGUUUUGAAGGAAAAUACUAUUUGACAUAUUUUAGUGUCUGGUAUUUUCUUUUUCUGCCAUAAUUGAGGAAUAUUUGCUAGUUUAAAAUAUGCUUAAAUGUUUGUAUCUAAAAACUUCAAUGGUGGUAAAAAUCUUUUUCUUGGAAUUGGAAUGUAAUCUUGAUUUGGCCUAUACUCUUUCAGAGAUUUAGCAAUAUUCCUUUGAGUACAGAAUUGAUCAUAGCUUGCCUUUUGUAUGUAACCCUUUUUAAUCUCUCCAUCAUGUUGAUUUUCAAAAAAGUAUUGCUAUUUAAAGAUUGAUUUAUUAUGCAUGGAUUUGAUAUUUUCUCCCCUUUUGGUAAUUUGUUUUCAUCUAGUAAUUGGACUGGAGUGUUUUACAUUAUUUUUCUAUUUUCUAAAUCAAAAUUCAUAUUUCAAUAAUUAUUAUCACAUUUAAGCAUCCAUGUCGGGUCUUUUGUAUGUAUAGUGAAAUUGCACUUUCCCAAACAGAAACCAAAUAGUGUGUCCUCUGUUUUCUUGUCUUCCUUUUUAAACAAUAUCUCCCCUUUUGUGUAUUGACCAACUUUGUUUCUUGUGUGUAAUGUACCUACAGUAAAUUGAGACAUAUAUUAGUAACCACUUUUGAUAAGAUGACCCUAUUGUGAUAAAGGUAUUCUCUUUUCAGAAUACUAACCUAUAUGUCCAGUUUGAUUAAAAAAAUUAUGUACUCUUGUAUGAUAGUCUGAAAUUUUUCAAAUGUGCUUUAGGUACUGGUACUAUUUUUCAGUUAUAUCUAAGUCGUAACUGAUAAAGUACUUAUUCUAAUUACCUGUAUACAAGUUUGUAAAUUAUUGUUAUAAAUGCGCUGUACUACCCUAUAUUCAUGUACUCCUAUUUAUUUGUAAGGCUUUGUAUUGUAUAAUUGAAUUCAACUAAUCCUCUCCACUGUAUGUACCAUGGUACAAUUCCAACAGUUUAUUCUUAAGUCUGCCUGGAAUUCAUGAAUUUAUUUUAUAAUAAAUUAUAUACCCCGAUAUAACAUUUUGAUAUCCAAGUUCUCUUGAGGAUGGCGAUAUUGGGGUGUACCUGAUACCUUUUAUUUUAUAAGUAGCUUAAUUUGCAAAACUCAUGAAUUUAUUUUGUAAUAAAUCAUAUACCCCGAUAUAACAUUUUGAUAUCCAAGUUCUCUUGAGGAUGGCGAUAUUGGGGUGUACCUGAUACCUUUUAUUUUAUAAGUAGCUUAAUUUGCAAAACUCAACACGAUAUACGUUUUGGAGGUCUGCAUAGAUUGCAACCUUUCUGAUUUUGCUGGAAAGCUCCUGGAAAUUAAUCCCAACUCCUUUCCUUAUGAUCACCAUCCUUACUGAAACUGCUUCAUAGAUGACUAGAUAAAUUGAGACAGAAAAGCCCUGAAAUGCAAUAUGGAUAUUCCCCUUAUUGCCUCUGAAUAAUGGCUUUCUACCAGUAAUAAUGAUUAUAAUUCUGAUCAAAAUACAAUUUUCUCAUCCCGUCACUGGUUUAUUAAGUUUCAAUCAAGAGUGUAUAUAUUUACCAGAACCAUUAUGAACAUGUUUGAUAUGUACAGUGGGGUGGAUUAGAAUUCUGGCUUUGCACAGGAAUGUACUUGUGCCCAUUCAUAGCGCACAUGGGCAUAACUACAUUUCUUGCAUUUGCCAAUGUUUUGUAUUGAUGUGUGUAUAAUAGCUGAAUAUAUUUACUUGUAGUGUGUUGUAAAAACAUCUUUUACAGAUUUACAUUUUCAAUGUGAGAUGUAAACAGUGUAUACGAACAUGUUUGAAUCAGAAAACUAAUUUACAUCUUUUGUUCUCUGAAGUACUCACAGAGGUUAUGCAAAGUACUUUGCAAAUCCUGUACCAUGAAAUUUACAUCAUUUAAAUGAAAUUUACAGUACUUUUUUCAAGUGGUGUUAUUUUGUUAGAUUUAUAAUUUCCUUUGUAAUUUGAAGUAUGCAAAGUAAAACACUCAUCUGUACUACAGCAAAUAUAGUGCAUAAAGAAAUGCAUUUGAUGAAUUUAAUCAUACCACUAAUUACCUAUGGUUGACAAGAUACAUCUUUAUUUUCUUUCUGUAUAUGUUUUCCUUUUGCCAUUAUCAUUGAGAUAUUACUCAUAAUUCUACUUCUUUUCUUUUGAAGUGAUGAAAUUGAUAAUUUAAUGUGGUGAUUUAAAUCCAGUUGAAAUCGUUGAAGGCAAUCCAAAUGAUUUAUUUUGAUCACUCUCUUGAGGGUUUUUAAGACAUUUUAAGCCAUAAUUUCACUCUGAAAUCAUCCUAUCUGUGACUCUACCAAGUUGAGCAUUUCACUCCUGUAUCUAAUCUAAUCUAAUUGAAACCAUUGGAGAAAAUAAUCCAAAGGAUUGAUUUUGAUCACUGUUUUAAAAGAGUUAGUUUAUAAAUGUUUUGAGAAAUGAUUUGACUCUGAAAUUCAUCCUUUCUGUGACCCAACCAUGUUCAGGUUCACUCCUGUAUUUCUACAGGCAAAUAAUCUCCAUUCUCAUUUCAGUCAAAUGUUAGGCUACGUGCAACAAAGCCAUUGUCGCUUUUGAUAAUGCAUUGCGCUUAUGACCUUUGAAGCAGCUAUUAAAAUUGUCCAUUAAUUUUACACAAGAUCUUUUAUAUGUGUUUAUGGUAGACAUAUCCAUUAGUGCUUCAUUCAGAAUAAGAAAGAAAGAAUGAAACCUCAAUGAACGGCACCAGAAUAGCUUCCAUUAAACACCUUUAAACUCUUUUCAUUCACACGAACUCAAGAAAUUACCCACAAGCCUAUCUGGAACAUGCUUUUAUCAAAUUUGGUAUCUUGAUCAAUAUCUGGUGAACGAAAGAAAAAAUGGGAACAGAAUAGACAAAAAAAAAGCCUUAAGAUCCAAGGGGAAUAUGUUUACUUGGUGCUUCUUUUGUGGAAAGCAUUCGCGUGUCUAGCCACUGCAAGAAGGCCCUCAAUGCUUAUCAAAGGCAAUAAAGGCCCAUCUUCCAGGAAGCUGAUGUAUGCUUUGAGUUCUCAGAGCUAAACGAUACUCUGCGACAUUUUACCGAAGUGAAGCUGAUUUUAUAUUCUCAUCGUGUCUACCAAGUAUGUUCUUCCAACAUAUGUUUGUGUUUAGAGGACACAAUAGAUUUUAUGCCUUGUCUGAUGAUGUAAAUCAUGAUGUAAUUAUACUAAUCAUUAAGAAAAAUCAUCUUAAUCUGUUUCUUUUUCAAUGUCUCUUUUUUUGUGAAAUUGCAACCCAUCCCGUUUUUGUACUUUGCAAUAUAUAGUACUGUGUUUAAAUUAAAAUUUGUGAAAUUGCA